CUUCGUCGCAUCUGACUGUACUUCGGUAUAGUGACUGCAUACUGUAUGAGCACGUGGAGCCAUACGACAUCGUUGUCCGUCAAGAUGGUCUCAGCGCCUUCAGAUGCCCCUUUGGAUGCAUCUCAUCCCACCAAUACUACGGCCCAGGAGCCACCAGCACCUAAGAGCUUCUCGUGUGUACUAUGUGCUCAACGAAAAGUCAAGUGCGAUAAGCGGCCGGAUGGUUGUGCGAACUGCACCAAGAUCCGGGUUCGAUGUGUUUACAAGGCCCCACCUCCAGCCCGACGAAGAAAGAAGGGCGUGCGCGAAAUCGACGUAGCUACCAGGUUACGCGUGUACGAAGACGCGCUCCGCCAACUCGGAGUGGAGCCAGAAGAUUUGGUCAAGCAACAUUAUGCGAAGGCUACACGUGGUGAAGAGCUGGUGACUGGGUUCAAUGGUUUCCUGGAACCACAUGGGCCUAGUCGAGCGCGAAAAGCACACGUAGCAUCCGAAGUUGGUGUCCUUGUGUUGGAAGAGGGUAAAUCGCGAUACUUGGAGAACGGAUUGUGGACAAGCUUGCACGCUGAGUUUCGUGAACCCAAGGACAUCCUCGAUGAGUCUUCAGAUGAAGAGGUGUCCAGAGGCAGCUACGAUGUCCCACUAUCUCCGUCAGCCACGGAUGGCGCCGCACUGGUCAUGGGCGUGCACUCAACGUCGAGCAAUCUUCUGUCUCUACACCCGAACCCGGUCCAGAUCUUCAAAUUAUGGCAAAGCUAUCUCAGAAACAUUCACCCGCUGGUCAAGAUUUGCCAUGCUCCAACGACUCAGCAGCUCAUUUUAGAUGCAAGUGAUAAUCUUCAUGCUCUUCCCCGAGAUACCGAAGCCCUUCUAUUUGCUAUCUACUGUAUAACUGUAGAGUCGUUAGAAGAUGUUGAGUGCCUGCUGAUACUGGGAGAGCCGAAAGGCAUAGCGACUCAACGAUUCCGGCAAGGUGCUCAGCAUGCAUUGGCCAAUGCAAACUUCUUAAGAAGUUCCAGUGUCAUGCUGUUACAAUCGUUCACCCUGUUCGUUCUGUCUCUACAGGACUUCGACGCCAGAGUGAUCUGGAUCUUUUCCGGUAUCGCACAAAGGAUUGGCCAACGCAUCGGUCUUCAUCGUGAUGGCGACACUCUGAAACUACCGCCAUUCGAAGCAGAGAUUCGUAGGCGCCUCUGGUGGCAGAUCAUGGUGCUCGAAGGCUCUUCCCAGAAGCUCGCUGGAACUGGCACAUCUGGUAUGAUCCUUCGAGGCGAUGUGGGAAUGCCAUCCAACAUCAAUGACAGCGACUUAUUCCCAGGAAUGAGAGAGAUGCCAAAGGAACACGACGGCGCCACCGAGAUGAUGUUUUUCCUCAUUCGAUGCCACGUUGGAGAUUUUCUCAAGCGAUCAGCGGAAGACCAUACUACUUUUGAUGGCCUUUGGCACCGACUCAGUACAAGCGCGGUACAAGUGGCUACCAAAGACAAAGCCAUCAAUGAACUUGAAAAUCUUUUCCAGCGGAAAUUCCUAUGUUAUUGCGACCUAUCUAUACCUUGGCACCUACUAUGUAUGCAUCUCGCCAAGUCUGUCCUCUUCAUGAUGAGGUUCAUGGCUCACAGCACCGACUCUUACAACGUUGAUAUCUCUCCCAAGGAAAAAGACAUGUUGUUUGAUCUGGCUCUCCAGGUCGCAACUUCGCAGAACCUGGCAUACACUACGAAGGAGCUGCGUGGCUUUAGGUGGCAUGUCAACCUAAAUUUCCAGUGGAAGGCUUUCAUAUACCUUAUCUCUGAGCUCUGUCAUCGGACUGGAGGAGAGAAGGUAGAUAAUGCUUGGGCAGAAAUUGAAAAGAGCUACACUUUCCACCCUAGUUUCGAUAGGGAUCUCUCGAAGCGAGCGCUUCCUAUAGCCGUUGACAACCUCACGAUUAAAGCCUGGGGCGCCUACAAAGCAGCGCAGGGCGCGCCAUGUACUUCUGAGCCUCAUUUUAUUGAGCUUAUACGUCAGCGUCACCGACAACGCCGUCGUCCAAAUCUGACCAACUCUACUAUCACCAACGCAGCCCUGCCGGCAAUGAGUUGGAGCAACGAGGAAAGCACUAUCGAGGAUCACAUUCAAGAGAUGUCUAACGCAGAUGAUGCGAACUCUUUCGACUGGGCCGAGUUCAAUGCUAGUCUAGGUCCACCCGAUGAUGUAACGGACCUGGCGUCUUUCGAGUUUCCAGAGCCGAUGAACUGGUCAACUCUGGAUGAUUUUUUGGUUGACUUGCGCAAUAAUGGUGACACACUCGAUCCCGUACUCCACUACGAAUAUGUCGUCACCUCCACGGUCGACUGUCUCACUUCGGGUGAAUAUUCAGAUCUGACUAUCCAAUGCGGCGAUGACGUCUACAAAGUCCACAAAGUUGUGGUGUGCACACGGGCAGGUUUCUUCGCUCGAGCUAUCAAAUUCGGUGGCAAGGAGGCUCAAGAGAACGUCAUCAAUCUCCCUAAGGACGAACCCACAACUAUCGCUUCUCUCGUGAAAUACUUAUACUCAGGCACAUACAGUGAAGACCUCUUGGGAAACCUGGACCCUGAGCAUACGGAACUACACGACGCGUCGAACAUCGUUAUUAGGCGAACCCCGUUUUGGUUUUAUGAAAACCGUCGCCGCUAUACAUACGAUUUUCCUCAUACCUGUUCAGAUGAUGGAUGUAACGAUUGGUGCUUGUGCGCACACCACUUCUGCACUAUCAAUUGCGAUUCCACAUGCCAAGCCUUUGUCUGCAAUGAAUGCUGUUCAUUGCGAGUUCCCGGAUCACCUUCACGGCUCCUCAGUCAUUCGAAGAUGUACGAAAUUGCCGACAAAUAUGAAGUCACUGGGCUCAAGGAGCUGGCAUGCAAAAACCUCGCGCUUGCUUGCUUAGCUUUCUGGGACGACGAGGUAUUUCCCAUUGCCAUCAAACAUGCCUUCUCUACGACCAUAGCCGAGGAUAGAGGCUUGCGAGACGUCAUCAUCAAGAUCGUCUCUGGCCACGACUCACUCGUACGCAAGGCGGAGAUUCAGGCUGUAAUGCUAGAGCACAGUGACUUGGCUGUAGGCGUUCUACUGAAGAAGGCGGGCUAG